CUGCAGUGCAUGAACGUUGGCUAGUGCUGCGUCCACCGCGGUAGUCUAGGUCAGCUUAGACGUUGGCUUAGGUCGGCUGUCUCGCGUCGUAAUCAGAGGCUCUCCGUCGUGGCUAUCGGCGCGUGUGUGCGAACGUCGCUCGCUGGCAACUGUACUACUGUCGAUGAUCCCGCGAUCUUCUCGUCGCCGGUGCCGCAAGCGCACUUGCCAGCGCCUCGCUCCAAGCACAAACGACGCCGCCGCCACCUUUGUGGCGUGGUGUGUCACGUAGGCCAACGCAGUCGCAUGUUUGACCUUUCACGUGAGCAUUCACACGGUGUUCGUCCAGCUUUUUUUUGACCAUGUGGUGCAGUGGCCCGAGCAAUGUUACAUACUGCCGAAUCACAAUGGCAUCCGUGCGGGGCCAAGUUGUCCAGCUGUACAAAAAUCUGCUGCACCUUGGGCGUGACUACCCAAAGGGCUAUGACUACUUUCGGAGUCGACUGAAGGCUGCCUUCCUCAAGAACCGCGAUGUCAAAGACCCUGAGCAGUUGACCAUGCUGCUUGCCAGAGGACAGUACAUCAUCAAGGAGCUCGAGGCACUCUACAUGCUCAAGAAAUACCGUACCCUCAAGAAGCGCUACUACACAGACACUCCUUAAUAAAACAACUUUCUUUUAGUGCUCA